ACGAAAAUUGAAUUCCAGUCGUGUUUCACAGCUGGCAUCCAACAUCGAGAAGCCCAUGACACAAGAAGCCGCUUGCUUGCUUUCCGUUGUCCGCUGUUGUUGCUACAAUCUGCUGUUGCUGCUGUUGAAGAUCAUUUGACUGAUUUGUUGUAUUAGCGUUCACGAUGGAUGACGGCUGCUGUUGUGUGCCAUGCCUUCAGUGCGUCCGCACGAAGGAGGUUGCUGUAGUGGAAGAUCUGGGUAAUUUUGAGCAGCUAUUGGGGCCUGGACUGCACUUUAUGUUUUGGCCUCUCAAGACUAUCGUAGGACGUUUGUCGUUGCGAAUCCAGCAAUUGGAUGUUCUCUGCGAGACCAAGACAAAGGACAAUGUGUUUGUUCACGUCCAAGUGGCAGUCCAAUAUCGUGUGCUGGAAGAAGGUGCCUAUGCCGCGUACUAUCGGUUGACGGAUCCUCGUGGUCAGAUCCAAUCCUACGUCUUUGAUGUGGUUCGCAGUACGGUGCCCAAAUUGGAAUUGGAUGCUGCCUUUGCCAGCAAGGCCGAAAUUGCCGAUGCCGUCUUGGCCCAACUCAAAGAUGUCAUGAAAGACUACGGAUACGAAAUUCUCAAUACACUUAUGACGGAUAUGAGCCCCGAUUACAAAGUCAAGGCCAGUAUGAAUGAAAUCAAUGCCAGCAAGCGCCUCAAAGAAGCCGCCGCUCACAAGGCCGAAGCGGAUAAAAUCAAGCUCACGAAACAAGCCGAAGCCGAAGCGGAGAGUCGGUAUUUGAGCGGUUUGGGAGUGGCACGACAGCGCAAGGCUAUUGUCCAGGGUCUACAGGAAAGUGUCACGGAAUUCUCCAAUGAAGUUGGAACCCGUCCCAAAGAUGUCAUGGACAUUUUGCUAUUGUCCCAGUAUUUUGAUACCCUGAGCACCGUUGGUGCCAAUGCGCUCUUUGUCAAUCACGACCCCAGUACCGUGGCGUCGCUUCAGGCGUCUCUCGGCGGCUCCUUUAUUCCAGACAAGCGCAAGCCUCCUUAGUACGUGACAAUCCACACCAACAAAAUGGAGAGAAUUCGACUCCUCUCCAAUUUUCUGGUAUGCGUGUUUCGGAACCUCUAAAUGAUUUCUGAAUGAUUGAUUGAUUGAUUGAGGAUGUGAUUGCUUGUUCUUCUUGGGAGUUGAUAUCAAUGGUAUCCAUUUGCAUGGUGAUGCAUGGAUACUUGUAAAGACCUAAAAGUGAUAUAAAUCAUAUUGUGAUAGGGGUUGC